UUUGCGUCUCCUUCACUAAAGAGUUCCAAAAGCAAAUCUACACAUUUUGAUGAAAUAUUCAACUGCGAACCAUCUGGCGAUGCUGCGAAUGAAAAUUAAUCUAACAUAUGGCUCCUAAUUUCUCAAUAUUGUUCUGAAUUGCCUUUGUUUUUUAAUGAAAAUACGUAAGUUAUUUUUGCAAUCUGUUGGAUUAUUUCAUUACAAAUCGAGCGGUCCAGUUGUCAGGUUUCUGUCGGUGUCAACAAGCAGAAAUCAGAAACACAGGUUGAGGUCUCCUUUCAUCAUGGCGACAGAGAGCAUCAAGCAGGUGUGGGAGAAUGGCGACAUCUUGAGGUCAGCUCAGGACAAACGUCUGUAUCGAGGCCUGGAACUCACCAAUGGGAUGAAGUUACUUCUCAUCAGCGACUCCGACACUGACAAGUCAGCAGCAGCCAUGAAUGUCAACAUCGGCCACAUGAGUGACCCCACAGAUCUGCCUGGUCUUGCCCACUUCUGUGAACACAUGUUGUUCCUCGGCACAGAAAAGUAUCCAGAUGAAAAUGAAUACAGUAAGUUCCUCAAUGAGCACGGCGGCAGCAGCAACGCCUACACCUCCACUGAGAACACCAACUACUUCUUUGACAUCACACCAGGGAAUCUGGCAGGAGCUCUAGACAGGUUUGCCCAGUUUUUCUUGUGUCCACUGUUCACAUCCUCGGCGACUGACAGAGAGGUCAAUGCAGUCAACUCCGAGAAUGACAAGAAUCUCCAGAGUGACCAAUGGAGACUCAUGCAGCUAGAGAAGUCCCUUGCUGACCCGUCACAUGACUUCAGUAAAUUUGGAUCAGGCAACAAGCAGACUCUGGACACGUUACCGCGGGAACGAGGACAGAAUACAAGAGACGAACUCUUGAAAUUCCACUCUAAAUACUACUCGGCUAACGUCAUGGGUCUCUGUGUGCUGGGGAAGGAGUCUCUGGAUGAGUUGAUGGAGAUGGUGGUGCCGUUGUUUGCUGGUGUGGAGAACAAGUCUGUGUCCGUCCCGGAGUGGAACAUCCACCCUUUUGGCCCUGACCAGCUGCAGAGGAAUGUAUGUGUUGUCCCUGUGAAGGAUCUCCGCCAGAUGAACGUGUCAUGGUCGCUGCCUGAUCUCCACCCAUACUACACAUCAAAGCCUGAACACUAUCUCGGGCAUCUGAUUGGCCAUGAGGGGCCAGGGAGUCUCCUGUCCGAGCUCAAGGCAAGGGGCUGGGUGAACACGCUGGUCGGCGGGGGCUCGCCGGGAGCCAAGGGCUUCGGCUUCUUCAUCGUCAACGUAGAUCUCACAGAAGAGGGCAUGGACCAUACAGAGGACAUCAUCACCCUGAUCUACCAGUACAUUAACAUGCUGAAGGCAGAAGGAGUCAAGGAGUGGAUCUUCAAGGAGUGUCAGGACUUGAGUGCCAUGGCUUUCCGCUUCAAGGACAAGGAGCGUCCACGGGGAUACGUCAGCUCUCUGUCCGGGAUGAUUCAUGACUAUGUGAUGCCGGAAGUCCUGAGUGGGAGCUACACAGUCACCGAGUACAAGCCGGACCUCGUCCAGAUGGUCAUAGACAAACUAGUUCCAGAAAACAUGAAAUGCAUCAUCAUUGCUCAGAAAUUCAAAGGGACGACGGACAAGAAGGAGAAGUGGUACGGAACAGACUACAUGGAGUCAAGUAUACCUCCAGAGAUGAUUAGGAAAUGGAGUGAUUGUGGAUUGCAUGAUAAUCUCCGUCUGCCUCAGAGAAAUGAGUUCAUUCCAACAAAUUUUGACAUUGUCACACGUGAACCAGAGUCCUCUUCAGCUCCGGAUAUAAUUAGGGAUGAUGCUAUGUGCCGAUUCUGGUUCAAGCAAGAUGAUGAAUUCCUACUACCUAAAGCCUGCAUGACAUUUGAAAUCAAAAGCUCCUAUGCCUACAUCGAUCCGCUCCACGCCAACAUGAACAGCCUGCUGAUGCUGCUGUUUAAGGAUGCUCUCAACGAGUAUGCCUAUGAUGCAGAGUUGGCCGGACUGGGGUACAACCUGGACAACACCAUGUAUGGAAUGACGCUGUCUGUCAAGGGUUACAACGACAAGCUGCACGUGCUGCUGCAGAAGAUCAUAGAGCGCUUCACCACCUACCAAGUGGACCCCAAACGUUACGAGAUCAUCAAAGAGUUGUACUACCGAGGGCUGAAGAAUUUCGUGGCAGAGCAACCUCAUCAGCACGCCAUCUACUUCACCUCCGUCCUCGUGUCCGAGAUGGUCUGGACCAAGUGCGAACUUCUGGACUCUUUAGAUGAUGUGACGCUGGAGAGACUCCAGGCCUUCAUCCCCCAGCUGCUGUCCAAGGUCUACGUGGAGGGCCUCAUGUAUGGAAACAUCACAAAACAGCGGGCUCUGGAGAUCGGUACUCUGAUGGAGACGAUACUUCGAGAAAAGAGUGGCUCCAAACCACUUCUGCCGAGUCAGCACAAACGCACACGGGAGCUGCAGUUGCCUGAUGGCUGCUACUACAUGUACGAGCAGACCAACACGGUGCACAGCGGGUCGUGCAUUGAGAUCUACUACCAGUGUGGCCGCCAGGACACGAACCUCAACAUGCAGCUAGAGCUCUUCUCUCAGAUCAUCAGUGAACCCUGCUUCAACAUACUCCGAACUCAAGAACAGCUAGGGUAUAUAGUGUUCAGUGGUCUGCGUCGGUCCAGCGGUGUCCAGGGACUCCGAGUGAUCGUCCAGUCAGACCGACAACCAUCCUUUGUGGAGUCUCGGGUCGAAGCCUUCCUCAAGACUAUUGAUGACUACAUCAACAAGAUGAGUGAAGAGGAGUUUGACAAGCACGUGAAGGCCCUGGCAGCUAAACGUCUGGAGAAGCCCAAGAAGUUGUCUGUGCUGAAUGGCAAGUACUGGGGAGAGAUUAUCUCGGAGCAGUACCACUUUGACAGAGAUAACGUGGAAGUAGCGUAUUUGAAGACAAUCAGCAAGGAAGAUUUAUAUACGUUCUACAAGUCCUACAUAGAUGCUGAUGCUCCCAGGCGGCACAAGUUGAGCGUGCACAUCAUCUCGAGUAACCCUGGUGACAGGAUGAAUGGGGAUCAGACGACAGCGCAGCCGGUCAGUGACCGGACAGAUGGGCCAGAGGAGGAGGUCAUCAUCACAGGACCAACGGCAACAGUGGUGAAAGAUGUGUGGGACUUCAAGAGGAACCUGGCCCUCUACCCCCUGGCUCAACCAUACAUGGACUGUUCCAAGGCCAGAUCUAAACUCUGAACACCUUUGAGCAUGGACUUUUCCAAUGGCGAACUCUAAACAAGGAACUUUCAAUGUUAAACUGCUGCUCUCUUGAUUGGAACUGAAUUAAUAGGUGAAAAUGAAUGUCAGAGGUUGAGAAGACUAUGAUGGGAAUAUAAUUUUUCAGGUAGGGGUGGGAGCUAGUUUGGGGUGGGUUCUAAAUUGGCUGGGUGAAAGGGAAGGGGAUGAGAU